AUGAUUGCAGAUUAUGUUGAUACUCAUAUCUUCGAAAACCAAGAAGAUAUAAUAUCAGCAAUGAUUGAAUCAUUAUGUGAAUCGAUUAAUGAGAAUAAAUUUUACGAAAGACUAGAAAAACAAGAAGAUCGAGAUUUCAUAAUUCCAUUCCUCUUGAUAGCACCAGAUUUUCCAAAUCAAUGCAUUGACUUUUUUACGGUAAUAACAAAGUUAUUUAUAACAACCCCAAACGUGCAUAAAUUACAAAAAAUUGAAUAUAAUAAUUUAUUACAAAAGACAUUGACAUCAAUACAACCACUCUUAUGUUCAAAAGCCGAUCCCAAGAAUCGAUCAGAAUCAUUACAUUUCAUAAAACAAAUCAUUUCGAAACCUGAAAUCGAAUAUCUUGAUUUCAUAGAAGAAGAUACUUGGAUCAUACUUUUAUCUACUAUAAUUAGCUCAUUGGAUGAUUUUAUAUCAAUGAGUUCUGAUCAAAAGUUUGAACUUGUUGUUUCAUGUAUUUUAUUAGGCAGAAUAUCAGAAAAGCGAGCCCAAAAAGUCAUUUCAAACUUUAUACAGAUCUUUAUAAAGUUCCCACUUCAAGAAUAUUAUAUCAUGAACUAUUAUAAUCAAGUUAUCACAAGAUUCUUUACCUAUCCAACAAAAGAUUCAUCGAAAUAUGAUAUCCAAUCCCACAAAUACUCGAUAUUUUUAAUAGCAGAAAUGAACAGAGUCUGCAGAGAAGAAGAUAAAUCGAAAUGUUUUCCAAUUCUCUUAUCAAUUGAAAACAAAUUCAAUAUCAAUGAUCAUCCCUUCCUCAUUUCUCUCUUCCCGAUAUCGUCAAUUAUCAGAAUUUUCGCUGAUUGCAUUUUUACGAAUAUAUCUGUUGCUACAUUCAUUAUUUGUCACUUAAAUAUGCUUACACAUUCAGAUUUGGCUCAUGACUCUCCAUGGAACAACUUAUUUGUUCAAUAUAUCAGCAGUUAUAUUCAACAUAAGGAAAUUUCAACGGAUGAAAUGCUCGCUCUUUCAUCCCUUGCAGCUACAAACCCUUUAUUUGUCAGACAGUUUUACACGACCAUCAUAAAAUCGUAUAAAAACGCAAGCCAAGCGUUUUUACAUUAUCAAACGACAUUAUUAGCUAAUAUUUCUCAAAUUUGCUCGUCAAUACCUGAUAUUGAGUCAGGAGAUGACGCCUGCAAGUACAUGACGUUCAUAGAUUACUCAAAAAUCGAAAAAGCAGAAUAUCGGAUCUCAUUUUUCUUCGACCAAGUAUCAGUUAAGAACUUAGAUUUGCUCUCCUAUAUCAUACAACCCGAUUUUGCGUAUUUCGAGAACAAGUGUAUCGGUUCUUUAUUAUUAUUAAUCGCAUUAGUCCCCAGUUUCACAAGGGACAACAGUUUUGGCGUUGAAAAAAUCUUGUUCGGAAUAUUAAAGUUACUUGAGAAUACAGAAUGUGAAGAAAUCUUGUCACAAAUUGCAAUUGCUGCAAUAUCCUUACGAAAUUUCACGAAUUUGUUCCAAAUGUGCCCAACAAUUGUCUCAAUGCUAUACAGGCUUGCCGAUAAAUACAAAUCCAAGCUCUUGCAUUGGGCAGCAAAAGCUUGUUGUGGCAUUAUUUGUUCCCCUGAUUUUGCUGAAAAAGUUUCUCAUAAUGGAACACCAAGAACUUUUGUUAUGAACAACAAGAUCCUUAUGUUUAUCGAAUCUGAGAAUGAAUCCAAUCCUUUGGAGCUUCUUGUUCGAAAAACAACUGGUAUUUUCUACUAUCAAAUUAAAGAUGAACAGAUCUCUCAAGAAGUUAACCCUGCAAAGGUCAAAAAGGAUAUUAUAUCAUAUGAAGAUAUUAUUAAAGAUGUCGAAGGACCAUUCGAACACGCGGAAAAAAGAGAAUAUAGAAAACCGAAAAAUCGGACAACAAAAUUCUUUUUGUCAAUGGGAAUUUUACCUGUUCCGACUGAGUCAAGCUUUGAUACAUCUAAAUUUGAUAGUUUUUGCAAACUUCCGGAAUUUUAUGUAAAAUUAAUUUGCAUCAACAUGAAUUCCACCGAUUAUAGUGGAAAGAAUCCUGGACUUAGGUAUGAGAGAUUCACGGAAGACCUUGGAGAGUCAGUUACCUCUCAAUUAUGUAAAAUUAACUUCAAUGAAAAAGUUAAUUCACCUUUUGUCAUCAUAUUCAAUGAAACAAAGAUGAGAUUUAAUAAGAAUAUUGAUGAUAUCAAGGCUUCCAUUGUUUUAUAUAUAUCUAUGAACGAUUCUUUGAAAGAUGAUCAAGAAUUAACUUAUCACAUUAAACCAUUAAGACUCCCGAGAUCAAAUAUCAUCUUUCCAUUUUCAGAAGAGUCCGAUCAUGUUUGUUGUGCAAGGAAUUUACAGAAAUUUGUAUUUUCAUUUGUUUUCUUCUUCUUAGGAAGCAAAUUGACAGAAGAUACUUCUCUUCCAGAGUUAUUGGUUCCAUUUAUCAAUAGCUGCGAAGAAAGACAUAAAAUUGUUACAAAUGCGAAAUAA